UCCAGAGGUCCGCGAGUGCUUAAGUGUUUCUGUAUCUUACACUGACUUUAAACGCUUCUUAAAAUGAGUGGAAACGUCGAUUCAACAAAAGGAGCCGAUAUAUCAGCUGGGAUGGAAGUCCGGAUCAACCGAAGAAACUUUCCAAUCAACUUGUGGAAUUUGGUGAAUGAUCCUCAGAUUUGUUCAAUCUGCUGGGAUGACAGUGGGGAAGGAAUUCUAAUCUGUCCAGAGGCCUUCAAAGCUGAAGUGUUGUCUAAAGCCAACAAGGAGAAGAUCUUCAGAACUACUAAUUUCAUCAAUUUUGUUCGUCAGCUAAACCUGUAUGGCUUCAGGAAAGUUUGCCCAGACUACAAGAUCACAUUGACAGAAGUGAGCUUCAUACAGAACUAUUUUAGCCCCAACUUCAAACGGGCCAAACCGGAGCUUCUGGCGAAGCUAAAGAGACUCACACCUUCCAACAGGGCCAAGCUUGCCACUGGGCAAGAUGUCUCCAACCACCCAAGUACUUUUCAUCCAGUGCUGUAUUCACCUGACAUCUCUGCUGUUGUCGAGAAUCAUUGCUGUAUCCCAGGCUCUUUGGAUUCCAACAUGCCCUGCUCCCAACAAGAAGUUGCCUCCUCCGCUCAUUGUGGCUAUUAUCCUGUGAGAGCUGAGAAACUUUUUUAGUUUACAUACUAAUCAAAAGGAAUUGUCAGUGCAAUUAUUUUAGCCUGUGUAGCUACAAUAAGGUUUGGUAGGAAUGUAAACUUUAAACCUUAUUGUGUGGUCUAACACAGAACCACUUAUUGUCCUGGACUCAUGUAGCCACCUCCAGUACACUGGCCAGGAUCUAAACUGGGAAUUAGAUGUCCAGGACAACUUAUUUAGCCACCUUCUUUACACUGAAACAAUGCACAGAAACGUGGGGCCUGAUGCAUGAAAUGUACUAAAUGAUUUAUUCAACCAAGUUAUUUAUUUUUUGUAGCUUCUAUACACUGAUUUGUUAAAGAUUUGGAAAUAAGUUAUGAACAACUUUCUAAUAUUUAACAAAAGAUCUGAAACAAGAAUCAGUACAGUAGAAUAUUGAAUAUGCACAGUUUUGCCUAAGAACUAUAGGCUGAUAGUGGUGUAGAACAUGCAUGAAGCUUUAAACAGUGCCCUAGAGGUUUAACUUACAGAGAUUGGUCAGUCAUUGCAUUGUGCUCUGAGCAGACAUCAUUUCAUCAUUUGGAUGAUAUUGAAUUUAUUUUCCUGCACCCAGAGCAGUAAUAGAUUGACAGUAGUGAAUCAUGUAGUUGUAGUUGAGCUCCACACACAGCAGUUCUCCAGUGCUCUGUUGCUCAGUCUAACAGUACGCUGUAAAAAGGGAUUCGUUGUCCAUAAUGAUAUGAUAAGUAACUAUUACUUAAAACAUUAAAUAAUAAACACGUGCAUAAAACUUGAAUGCUUUGUGAACGUGAACUUAAGACUGUGCAUAUAGUCAAGUUAAUAAGGUGAGUGUGGACAAAAUAUGUUAAAAGUAGGUAAAUGUAGCAUAAAAAAUGUAAGCAUUUAAAUUAAAAGUAUAAGUAUUUAUUUAUACUUAAAGCUUUAAAUUGUACUUAUAAAUCUUAUAGAUUACAGCAUGGUUGUCUAGGUCGGCAUCGAUCACUACCAUGUGUUUAUCCGAAUUGUCCAUGUUCAUUUAAGAUAUUAAACUCCCUUAGUUUACACUUGAAUAGGCACCAUGUCCCUGAUGAUAUACACACACCUGGGGAGCACAUUUCCUUCUCAUGUCAACAUUGUGCCUCUGUCACAUUUCCAACAGACACUGACUUGUUCACACAUCUCACACAGCAUCUAAAUAAUCUUAAACUGUUGUGUUUUUAACCAUGGUGAUUUUCAGAAAAAAAAUUUAUGGCACAUUUGCUGUUCACAAAAGCAGAAAGCAGAAACAUCAAACAUGCAUUUUUAACAACACAAAAUGCACUAAACACAAUCAUGAGUAAUGACAACGAGAUGACUUACAGGGAAUGCCUUAUUAACAGAGGAUGUCUUUUGAUUAAUGAAUGCCCAUAACCUGAACAAUCUGUCUUUGAAAAAGUUUCUUUGACAUCACUAAAAUAUAGUAUUUUACUGAAGAGGUCACAUGCUACUUUCUUGCGAUACCUCAUGUGACCACAAGAUGUCACUUAUCUGCAUUUUACACCUGGCAAUGCCAGAACAGUGUACCUGUCUGAAAAAAACAUAAAAUCUCAGGCAUUAUGAGGUGAGUUUAUGGAGUGCAUAGCAUGCAAUUUACUUGAUGUUUGAUAUAAUAUAGCAGUUUAUUGACCAUCAACCAUCUGUAAAGUGAAUUCCAAACUCAUUAUCACCUUAACCACAACAAUCAGUGGUGUGUAUGUGACAGAGACAUGUUUAAUAUCUUAUUAAGAAAGGUAAAAAAUAAUACCAAGGCUUAUUAGGUUUUAUUAUGUUAUAAAUGUAACACUGUUCAAAAUUGAAUAUCCUCAUGGGGAAAUAUACCAGCAGGAACUGCCACAUGUGCUUAGGAUUGUCACAAAAGGAGGCUCCAGAGAUUAUGCCAUAGAGACUGUGAUAGUGCUGGAAGGCAUCAAGGUCUUGAGAGUGUUGACAGUUGUUGCAACGACCUGUGUUUUGCUUCUAGGCCUAAUAUAUGCAGUUAAUCUGAGUUACCCCAAAGAACUCAGAUACACAUAUCUUCUAGAAAAUCUAGAAGAUUUUACUGAGUAAAAUAAAUAAAUAAAUAAAUAAAUAAUGUGUUUGAAGAACAAGCUUUAUUGUUGACCUGAUUAAAAACAUUUGGCCAUUUUGACCAUUCUGUUCAACACGAAUGAUGAAAGACACAGGUCUUGAUAAAUUUUGUUUCAUUUUCUUAAGAGAGCUGACAAAGAGAAUAGAAAUGACCUGUAUUAUUUUCAUGUCUUUAAUUACUUCUUCCUGUAUUGUUAUUAAGAAUUAUUUAUAUUUACAUUUUUCAUUAGGAGUCCUAAACAGUUUAAAUGUCAUUGUUUUGACAAAAAUAAUGAUAAUAAAAUAUAUUUACUUAACUUAUUUAUGCCUUACUCAUGGUUCCACACUGUACGUCUGUUUUCAGCCGUGUUAGAAAUUAUCUUGCAUAGAAAUGUAAAGGUUGAACAAAUAUUAAUUUUUUUCAAAGUAAUUUUAUUUUUCGUCAGUUAAAAAAAACUUAUUAGUCUGCACUUGUC